CAUAAGUAAUUGAAAUGGAGGUGAUGUCGCCAAUGGGCUGCACUGCUACUGUAACUGAAGUGCAGCCGAGCGUUUGGGAUAAAAUUGCUUUCUAAUUAUUCAAUCCACCUUUACUUUUCUUCCUGAAAGACAGAGAGAGAAUGACUGAAAGAAAGAGAAAGAAAGAUAGCCUCUGCAUCAUGCAGCAGCAGUGGGUGUGUGUGGCUUUGCUGGCCCUCCUGACUGUCACAAUGACGCUGGCAGAUGGUGGAAAAACAGAGAAACAAGGUAAGAAAGAGCGUAAAUCGGACUGUGGCGAGUGGCAGUGGAGCGUGUGUGUGGCUAAUGAGGGUGACUGCGGCCUGGGCACCAGAGAGGGCACACGCACCGGCACUGACUGUAAACAGACCAUCAAAACCCAACGAUGCAAAAUCCCCUGCAACUGGAAAAAGCAGUUUGGAGGUGAGUGUAAGUAUGAUUUUGAAGCGUGGGGAGAGUGUGACUCGAUCACAGGAAUGAAGAAGCGCACCGGUGUGCUAAAGCGAGCGCUGAUGGACGCUAGCUGCCCGAACACUGUCAGCGCCACCAAACCCUGCGGCAAACCCAAGCCCAAGAUACAAGAUACACAGAAACCAAAACGGGAAGGAAAGAAGAAGGAACGAAACCCGACGGACUAGAGGAGAAACUCCAGCUGCAUCUGAAGCUGCUCUCUUCUGCUCCUGAGGCAGAAACACUAGAUGAUGCCGGAUCUUAUUUUCAGUAGAAUAUUUUUCCAUCUUUUGUAGCUUUAAUUUACAGCUCAUGAAAUAAUACAUAAAUGAUAAAAGAACAAAAAUGAAGUACUAAAACCAUCUGCUGAAUCUUCUAAUGUUGUACCAGCGGUAUCAGACCGCCCAGGCCACAUAGAUAUGUUCUAAGAACUUUUUUAUAACGUUCCCAUUUAUGAAAAUGU